AUGGGGACCUGGAUUUUGUUUGCCUGCCUCUUGGGAGCAGCUUUCGCCAUGCCCCUACCACCUCAUCCCGGGCACCCUGCUUAUAUCAACUUCAGCUAUGAGAACUCACAUUCUCAGGCUAUCAGUAUUUACGGGACUGAAUUAGUGCUUACCCCUUUGAAGUGGUACCAGAGCAUGAUAAGGCCACCGUACCCUUCCUAUGGUUACGAGCCCAUGGGUGGAUGGCUGCACCACCAAAUCAUCCCCGUGCUGUCCCAGCAGCACCCCCAGACUCACACCCUGCAGCCUCAUCACCACAUCCCAGUGGUACAAGCUCAGCAGCCCGUGGUCCCCCAGCAACCAAUGAUGCCCGUUCCUGGCCAACACUCCAUGACUCCAACCCAUCACCACCAGCCAAACCUCCCUCCGCCCGCCCAGCAGCCCUUCCAGCCCCAGCCCGUUCAGCCGCAGCCUCACCAGCCCAUGCAGCCCAUGCAGCCCAUGCAGCCCAUGCAGCCUAUCCAGCCCAUCCAGCCCAUCCAGCCCCAGCCACCUCUGCACCCCAUGCAGCCCCUGCCGCCACAGCCACAUCUGCCUCCGCUGUUCCCCAUGCAGCCCCUGCCGCCCAUGCUUCCCGACCUGCCUCUGGAAGCUUGGCCAGCAACUGACAAGACCAAGCGGGAGGAAGUGGUGAGUAUGCCUUGA